UGAAAAUACAGACUCGGAUAUUGAUGAAGAGGCUGAUAAUGAUACAAUUAUUGAUGAUGGUGGAAUUGAUAAUACAGAAGAUCCUAUCCAGGAACUGUUUUCAAGAGUCUUUGUUAAUGACUCAUGGUCCUGUACAUCACAAGUGGAGAAGCCAUACUUUUCAACUGGUAUCUACCCGGACAUUUGUAUUGAAUGUGGGAAUUCAAACAUUGAUAAAGCAGAAAAAGGUGAACAUCGAGUGUAGUGGUAAUACUGUUACUUCAAAGAAGCGUCUAAAAUGGAAACAGGGUGACAAAAGAAAGGGAAAGAAAAGACUUCAAUGUAGUUCAUAAUUGUGGUUU